AUGAGAGGCAGCAGGUAUAGUUCACCCAGAGUACCUCCAACCGAGGAUGAUCGAGAUGAGAUGCGGAGCCGGUCACCGUCAUGGACUGAGAGGGGCGACCUCCAGGACUUUGCCGGCCAGAGCGGAUCCGUCACUCGGAGCAGCAGUACCUCAGGCAUCAGUAGGCAGUCGAGGAUGUCUCGUCUUGGAACGAGGAUACUACCAAAUUCCGUCUUGAGAAACCUGCUCAAUAGUGGGGAGGAGACGCCGGCGGAAGGGAGAGCCCAUCGAGACGGACUACUAUCGAGGAGCUCACCACGAUCUGACUCACCGCAGCCAUCGCCAUAUUUCCCGUCGUUUAGGAGUCUUAGUACCAGGGGUAUAACACGGAGGAGAUCGAUUCGCGGACCCUAUCCCCUCCCGAGAGGAGAGUCCGCUCUGUUACCAGACUCUCCACCGAAUCCGACUUUCUUAGAGAACCCUUCGAAUACCCGAAAUACGGAUCCUUCACGCCUCUCCUGGCGAUAUCGUGCAAGACUGAGCAAUGUCCGCCACUCGAUAUCCUCACCAAUAUCACACAUCUUCAACCAGCAUUCUCCAUCCUCUCAGUCAACUCAGACUACCACACCACCUCCGCCAAGGCGACCCUCGCGUGCUGGGCUUUCAGACGAUUCCGAUCACCUUCUCCAUCCUCACGGCAGUAUUGAUCCUGGUAUGGAUAUCGACGAGCCUCACGAACCGGAUGGCAUCGAUCCCACCUCUAGACCUAGAUCUCACCCGAUUCCAGUGCCUAACCGUCAAAAUAAUUCUACGUCUGCUAGCCGUGGGCAUUCUUCAACUAUCCGCUCCCGCGCAACAAGGUUAUUAAGACGUGAGGAACAGACACCACUGUCUCGUGUGCUACAGCUCGCUGCAACUGCCAUCGCUGCACAACUUUCUGGGAAUACAAGCCCAGCUGUACCGAGCAUCCAGUCCGUUGGCGCAGACGGUCUAGAUGGACCCCUAGAGUCAUUAAUGAACGGCUUACAGCAAGUUUCAACAAACCAGGAGGCUAUAGAUAACGGUGACGCUUCUCGAGAAGACCCUAAUGUCCCCCAUGUGAACUUUUUAAGAGUCUUCCGGUUUGUGAACCAGGACGGCCCUCCGACACAGACGCCGUCGGGUGAGGAAGGUGAGAACGGCGGCGAUCAAAUGGAUAUCGAUGGACAAGGCUCAACCGAUGGUCGUCAAGAACGACGUCUGCUUACUCUGGUUGUUGUCGGUGUAAGAGCCAUCCCACCGAACAACGGAGCAGGCGGUGAUGCCACCGCCAACAAUCGACUUAACGUUGAGUCCCUUCUUCGACUGCCACUUCUAGCCCCAGGAAAUUUUCUUCGUAAUGACCGGGGAAGCGGUAAUUUCCUCCGUCGCUCAGAUGGCCGUUCGAGAUUCUCUCCACGACGAUAUUCAGUUGGAGGAAGCACCUUCCCAGCAAACUACGACAGCCAGCGUCAUGUCAGGUCCCAAACUUCUUCACGCCGACAAUCUGAUGUCGGAUCUUCUGGUGAUUUGGCUAGCUCACUCCCUACCAUUAUCUCUGAUAGCCCUCAGGGUCCAAACCCGCCUCCAUCGACACCCGCAGAGGCAGGCCUAUCAAGGGUAUCCUCUGCAGUAAAUACCCCAAGCAGGCGGCCCUCAUCCGCGUCGGCCAUCCUCCCCCAGCUCGAUGAGGAUGCCACUGGAGAGCCAGGAGAUGUGUUAUCAGAGCAUCCUAUGGGCUUCAACCCCGCAAGACAGCGCCGUAGGAGCGAUUCGGAAGCUGCUCGUCACCGUGGCCUCGGCUCUGGCGCCGCACGACGCAAUGGAGUAGUAGAGCCAGAUGACCCAUCUCCAUCCGGAGGGCGCAGCUGGCUCAUCUACGUUGUUGGAACCAACUUAGCCGAGAAUCACCCAGCAUUCGCAGCACCCAGUCUAUUUACAGAUAACCCGACCUAUGAAGACAUGGUGCUACUCUCAUCGUUACUAGGCCCAGCAAAACCUCCCGUUGCAACACAAGAUGACAUUUCUUCCGCGGGCGGCCUAUAUCGUCUUGUCGAAUACUCCGGAGCUCUGGUUGCAGAAAGCCUGGAAGGCGGAGACCAUGAUAAUGUUCCCAUCGCAGAAAGUGAACGAUGUCUCAUCUGUCUGUGCGACUAUGAAGCAGCAGAUGAAGUCAGGAUCUUGAAUAAAUGCAAACAUGUCUAUCAUCGGGAAUGUAUUGAUGAGUGGCUAACAACUGGACGCAACUCCUGUCCUUUGUGUAGAGGCGAGGGUGUCUCCAACUCCGAUAAUGUUGCAAGUAGCGAAGCAAUCGCUCCUUAA